GACCACCACCGCCGCAGCGCCAGCUCGCCUUGCGCCUCACCAUGGGCGUCCUCCUCUCGGCAUGCCUCACGCGCGAGAAGGAUGCGCGCAAAGGCCCGUCCAGCGCAGAGUCUGUGCAGGCGUCAGGCCCGCACAACCUCUCGCCCCGCGGCGCGCGCAAUGCCGCCUCGUUUGGCCCCGAGAUGCAAGCCAUCCUCAAGGUGUUCCAGGACCAGUACGACGCCGACAGCAACCCCGACGGCAUCGUCGUGCUCGGCGUCGCCGACAACUCGCUGCUGCGCACCGAGCUGCUCGAGUACUUCAACAAGCCGGGCCGCCUGCACCUCAGUGCGCCCGAGAUGACCUACGCCAACCGCGUCUUUGCCUCGGCCCGCCUGCUCGACGCCCUCGCCGGCCUGUACAACGAGGUGCCCGACGGACUGGAGCCGCACGAGGGUCCGCACGAAGCACCUCGCCUGAUUCACGCCGUCAAGGAGAAGCACACCGUCGUCGGCUCGGGCGCGACGGGCAUCCUCGACGCCGUCGCGUGGGUCCUGUGUGCGAAGCAGGAGGGCAUCCUGCUCUCGACGCCCGCGUACAACGCGUUCUUCAACGACUUUACUGUCCGCGCCGAUGCGACCAUCGUCGAGGUGCCGACGUCGCCCGCCGAGACGCUCACGGCGGCGCAGCUGGUGGAGAAGUAUGAGACCGCCCUGCAGCAGGCCAGGAGGGCGGGCACGACCGUGCGCAUGCUGCUGCUCUGCAACCCGCAUAAUCCCACCGGCUGCAUCUAUCCUCGCGAGCACAUCGUGGCGCUCGCGCGCUUUGCGGCCAAGCACGACCUGCAUCUCGUGUCGGACGAGAUCUACGCACGCUCGUGCUUCCGCACGCGUGCCGUGCCCGACCCGCCGCAGUUCCACUCGGUGCUCUCCAUGGACCUGCAGAAGGAGGCCGGCCUGCCGCUGUCCAAGCUGCACGUUGUCACGUCGGCCAGCAAGGACUUCAGCAUCAAUGGCUUCCGUCUGGGCGUUUUCAUCUCACAGGGCAACCCUGAGGCCAUCGCGGCGAUGACUGCCCUUGGCCUCAUGGCGCAGGCGUCGUCGCCGGCGGGCAAUCUGUGGUUCACGCUGCUCGAGGAUCGCGAGUACUGCCUCUGGUUCCUCGCCGAGCAGCGCCGGCGUCUCGCUGCCGCAUUCAACUACGUGGCGGCGUGGGCUGCGCACCACGGCAUUCCGCUUGCGCCUGCGAAUGCGGGCCACUUUCUGCUGAUCGACCUCUCGCGCUUCUCCGGCAAGACGGCCAAGGGCGAGGCGGAGCUGACGAGCCGCUUCAUCGAGAAGAAGGUCUUCGUGGCGCCGGGUGCCCAGUACCACCACCCGAAGCCAGGCUUCUACCGCCUGACGUUCAGCGUGGAGCCCAAGGCGCUACAGGUGGGCCUGUCGCGCGUCGAGGAGACUCUCGCCCUCGAGAGCUGGAUCGCCAAGCAGCCGCGCCUGAGCUUCGGCGACUCGCACCCGCCGCCUGCACUCGCCGCACCCGAUGCAUGAAUGGCAUUGAUGCAUCACGUCC